AUGAACCAAUCAGGCAAGAACCAAUCGAGCUUACAAGACACAAACCAACCAGGCAGGAGUCAGCCAGGCACGAACUUAUUUGGUAUGAACCAACUGGACAUAAGCCAAUGGAACACAAGCUUCCCUGACAUAAACCAACUGAGCAUGAAACAACCAGGUAUGAGCCAACCAGGGAUGAGGCAUCCAGGCACAAGCCAAUCAGGCACAAGUCCAUCAAGUAUGAGGCAAACAGUUGUGAGCCAAUUCAGCAUGAGUCAACCAGACCCAAGCCAAUCAGGCAUGAGGGUACCAUGCUCUAACCAAUUCAGCAUAAGUCAACUAAGUGUGAGGCCACCAGCCCCAAGCCAAUCAGGCCCAAGUCAACCAGACACAAGGCAACCAGGCUGGAGUCAAUCUGGCACAAGUCAAGCAGGAACAAGCAAAGCAGGCAUGAACCAAACAGGCCCAAGUCAACCAGGCAUGACCCAACCAGGCAGAAGCCAAUCAGGCAUGAGGCAGGCAAGCAUGAAUUCAUUCCUAGUAAGACCUGCAGAGGCUCAUGACUGCCCAGAAACCUUGCGUCUAAUUAAACAAUUGGCUUCCUGUGAAAAUAUGCUGUAUGCAGUGAAGUUAACAGUAAUGGAUUUACCCAGGGAUGGCUUAGGGGACAAUCCUAUUUUCUACUACCUGAUUGCAGAAGAACACAAUCAACAAAAAACAUCAGGCAAAGUGACUAUUGGAUUUGCCAGGUACUACUUUACAUACGACCCCUGGAUUGGCAAGUUACUUUACCUAGAGGACUUUUAUGUCACACAAGGUUACCAAGGUCUAGGUAUUGGACCUGAAAUGCUGACAAAGUUAAGUCAGAUAGCAAUCAGAAGACAAUGUAACUGAAUGCACUUUAUGGUUGUCAUUUGGAACCAGGCUUCUAGUAACUACUACACUUGUUGAGGGGCUUUAGAUCUUUCCUCUGAAGAAGGCUGGCAUCGGUUCAGGUUUAACAGAAAAGAACUUAUGGAUAUGGCAAAGGAAGAGUGA